CCCACCUGCCCUUUUUUCUCCUUCUUCCUCAUCACCACAAUUUUCCAUACUACAAUCAAGAAUCAUUCAGCCAUCGAGGCCCGCCAAAAUGCGUUAAAUCAUCGUCUUCAGUUCGAUCCCGCUUCAAAGCUCAACAACAUUCAGUCUACAACAAUUCACCACUUUUCUCCGCUCCAUACUUCAGCUCAACCUUCCCAGGUCGAUCUGAACUACACUACGGCUUCUAGCUCUAGCUUAGGUUCCGCCUCCGCAAACAUUCUACCUCAAGACUUUUCAGUCUUCACCACGGAUUCCCAAUCAUCAUGGCUUCCCUCCAGUUCACCCAGCCUGCCGGCACAACCCGCGCAACAGCCUCAGUUCAGCCCACCGGAACAGUCUCCCCAACAGGACUUCGUCUUGUUCGAUCAACCUCGUACCAGUCAACCUAGACACCUGGCAACCCAUACCGCCAUCGGUUUUAAUCAACGUCGCCACUCGUCAUAUCAUCUCCGACAGAACCAACAAGGUCGCGUCCAUUUCCAACAGAAGCAUCGUCUUGCCCAGAUCCAAGCCUCCGGAUCCAAUUCCCGGUCACCUUCAGUCUACUCCCCCGCUCAGUCAGCUAAAUUCUACGCUUCAUCCGCUCCGUCGUCUUCAGCUGCUCUGAACCGCCGUCAGCGUCCUCCUGUACCACUGUUCGCUCAAAGUCUUCAGGGUGCAACUAACAAGAUGGAUCUCCAAGACCUUGACCUGGACGACUUCACCGGCUUCGAGGGUGGUGCGUCUACCACCUACUCGUCGCCAGCCAUGCCGUCGGUCUUCGAUGUCGGUCCCAGCACUUUGGGCACCGUUUCUCCUCAGGACCUUCUCAUUCAGGAGCCCUUCAUGUCUGCUCCCAACUCAACAGCCCUGACCGCCUUGACAUCACCUUCGAUCUACAAUGAGUCUCCUGACUUUAACGACGGUUACGAUGUUUCCCCCAGUUUUGACUCGGGCGACUUCGGGUCGGCAGACUUUGACACCACUGCUGGUGAUCCUUGGUUCCCCCUCUUUCCUCAGGAGUCUACCUCCGCCACAAAGGAUGUCACCAGCAUCGAGGAGAUCCAGAAACUGCAGACUGAUCAGUCUCCUGCUCUCAAUGGCGAUGACCUGGAAGUGGUCGAGUUCACUUCAACCUCGGGUCGCCGGAAGUCUGUCAACUCUUCCCCAACUAGUUCCGCCCGUCACUCUUCAGUGUCGGGUGUGAGCUCUCGUCGACGAGACAAACCGCUGCCUCCUAUCAUUGUCGAGGAUCCUAGUGAUACCACCGCUAUGAAACGUGCCCGCAACACAUUGGCUGCACGCAAGUCUCGUGAGCGCAAGGCCCAACGGUUUGAAGAUUUGGAAGAGAAGAUCCGUAAGCUUGAAGAGGAGCGUGACCACUGGAAGAGCAUCGCGCUUGGUCGAUCCUGAACUGUUUCCUCACAAAUCACUAAGGCACAUCUGGAUGAAUUGGAGGGAUUAGGGUACACUUCGUGCAUUUCCUUCAGCAAAUCCAUUUCCUCAUGUAUUGUUUUUGUUUGUGCCGCUUGUCAUCCUCGGCUGUAGUUUAUUCAAUUCAUACAUUAAAACCCGAAGAUCUGGACUAUCAAGUCAUUAAACAAGAUAUUUAGUUUCCC